UGGCUGUGUGGACAUCAUGGUUUGAGAGGCGGUGACCCCAGCCAUGCCUUCCAGUGAACCCAAACAUCACAACAUGCGGCAUUCUGAGCCUGAGGGUGAACACAAAGCAGUGAUGAUGGACGCUGAUCUAGACCAAUCCCUGCUCUGCUGUGAGGAACGCCUCCCCUCCUCCCCCGGCUUCCCCCCCAGUGACAGUUCCAUGGAAUACGAUGACCUCCCAGACUUGCAGCAGGUUCAGGAGGAGGCGGAGCCAACAGCCCCACCCGUCUACCAAGUGGAGGUGGGUGUGUCCCACCAGGAGCGACGUGCGCACCCCCAGCCUCCUGACACACACUGGCUGACUCAGCUGGCUCACAUCGCUACUGGGCCUCAGAGCCCACUGCUGCAAGACUCUCCUCACAGCAGCUCUUCUUCGGUCUGCCACUCCAGCGCUAGCAGCAAUCUACAUUCCUACUCUCGGCCUCCUCCCCCGCACCCCAGCAGCACCCUGUCGGCCCCCGCAGGUCACGGCAGGGAGCGUCGGCGCACCAGGAGGAGCAGCGACUGUGGUUCUGCAGUGUCAACCAGAUCCUCUCUGUCUGACGACGAAGACAUGGGCUGGAGCUUCUCCUGUCCACCCACUGUCUGGCACUGCUUUCUCAAAGGCACUCGUCUGCGUUUCCACCGCGGCUCUAAUGUGGAGUGGCAGGACGUCGAGGAACUGGACUCUGCCCAGGAAGACUCUGGUGAUGAGGAACAACCAAGAUCUCUGAAGAGUUAUGGCUCUGAGGGUCUGCGGCUGGUGGAGCAUUCAGAGAUCGUGUUGUCUGGUCAGGCUGUCCUACAGCUGACCUUUGACCCCGGGGCAUUCGAACAUGCCCCCAUGACCGCCCGGUGCCAACUCGAUCACCCCUUCUACGUCAAAAACAAAGGGUGGACGUCAUUUCACCCAAGCUUGACCGUGGUGCGUUAUGGGAUACCGUGCUAUGAAAUGGAGGUGGGAGAUGUGUGCCUUCCUCCAGGACACAGAGAUGCCAAACACACCGACGACUCACUGGUCUUUGACACAUUCAAGAGUUAUGAUUUCACUCCUCUGGACUCCUCUGCGGUGUACGUGUUGAGCAGUAUGGCGAGACGGCGGCGCACCUCGCAGUCCAGCGGAGGAGCUGUGUCUCCAGAUAGAGACACAUUACAAGACACGCCGAGUCCCGGACACUCCCGCUCUCCUCGUCAAAAGCCAACCAAAAGCCAGCAAGCCAGCACAGCAGGAAGUAAUAAUGCCACGCCCAAUAGGUGCAAGCGGCCAAUGAACGCCUUCAUGCUGUUUGCCAAGAAGUUCAGGGUGGAGUACACACAGAUGUACCCAGGCAAGGACAACAGAGCAAUCAGCGUCCUCCUUGGGGAGCAGUGGAAGAAAAUGCGAAGUGAGGAGCGGCGGACGUUCACCAUAGAGGCCAAAGCCCUUGCAGAUGAACAGAAAAGACUCAACCCAGACUGCUGGAAACGCAGACGAACUAACUCUGGUUGUCAGGGAAAUUAAGGAUGCAGACAAGAGGAGAGAACAACACAGCUUGUAGGAGUAUGCAUGCACGCACGCACGCACACACCCACACACACACGUACACACACACAAACGACAAAGAACAGAGAGCAUGACCUAAUACAGUGAGUCAAUAUUAUCUCUUGUUAACAACAUACCUUUCACAGUGAGGAUUUGAUUAAUUUUUUUUAAAGAUUCUUACAAAGAGUAAAAGAGCAACAGUGUGUUUUUUUGACAUUUUGAGCGGUCACUUCCCUCUGUAUUGUUGUUAACAGGUAAUUUAAUAUUUUAAAGUGGUAUAAAUCAUUUUCUGCUUGUAGUCAUUAUGACAAGUUAUGAAUCAUUAUAUUUUAAUGCUACAGAGCACCGUAGGGUCUAUCUAGCAAGGACAUUUUUUCCAAACAAAAUUACAAACAGGUCAACUAGGUUUUUUUAGGACUGGAGUUCCUUUCUCCACAAGUGAUUUUACAGAAAUGUGACAAUUCAAAAAGGGAUUCUGGUCCUUUUCAGUUUCUCAUCAUGAGCUUGAAACCGGUGGAAGUUGUGGUGCUGUAGCAGUUUAGGUAAACUAGAGACUGAGGCUAUUUUACCAAAAUUAUAUACAGUAUAAAGUAUUUUCUUGCCUGUAAUACUUGCAUUUGCACUCAGUGUAUUGCACCAGACAACAUAUUUUAACUUUGCUUUUGUGUUAUUUAUCAUGUAAUAUUUAGUUAUUCAGCAAAUGUACAACAUCAAUUCUCAAAUAGUGGCCUUGGGGUUUUUAUUUACCUCAGCUUAAGAGAGAAUCAGAAUCGUAACUUCUCCAAUUCAUAACUAUGUUUUUAACCAUGUAUUUAAGUUAAAAGGUUAUAAACAUAAACAGGGCAGAAUCCCUUCACUUCUUUGGAAGGCUUUUAUUUUGAAAAAAGAAAACGCCAGUUGCUUGAGAAAGUGACAGCCAAUGUAAGAUAGUAAAUAGCAAUAGCAUUUUUUUGUCACCGUGUCCUUUUUUUGUUUUAUGGCUUUUAUUUGAGAAUUUAGGGUUAUUAAUAUGUAUUGUCACAAAGGACAACAACUGAUAUGUCAAAUAUGACAGAUGACAGAAUAUUGUCAUUAUAGCACGGGGAGCAGAUGACACCAAGAUUUGAUCUGGAUUUCUCAGCUGAAGUGUCCUUGAUGCCAACGUCUUUAUGUGCCAUAAUACUUAUUUCUUAGCUAUGUAUUUUUUUAUUUUAUCAAAGUACAGUGUGUUUGUGUAUAAUCUGUGACAUUAAUACACGGGAGGCUUGAUUGAGCCUCAGGUUUCUAAAGAAAGAUGGCUUCCACUGGCUUUCACAAAGAGUGAAAUGGGACAUAAUCUGUUUGUUUCCCUGAAAAAAUCAUAUUCAGCAAAAGCAGAAGACCCAUGGGUGAUGGGGUGUUGCUCGGGCUCUAUUUACCCCCAAUGAGUUGUUAUGGCUUUGCUUUAUGUCAAAAAUAAGAAAAGAUUAUAAAACCAUUUUUAGCCUCCGUAGUAGGCCGUUAGUGUGAACACUGAAGAAGGCAUUGGAAAGUUGAUAUGGUCAACAGAUGUUGCAAACAGUGAACUCAUUGCCAUAGUCAUUUGAUAUUAUCAGAAAAAACAUAAGAUUUUUGUGUUUUGAAUUAGGAUAUUGGUGGACUUGCACACUGGAAUAAUUUUGCCAUUCAUUUCUCGGUGAUGAAGGUCUAGAUAAAUGUUUGCCAAUUGAUCCUCACGCAGAUUGAGUUUAAAACUAAGAGUACUGUUUUAUGGUCUGGGAGAAAAACAUCUCAGAGCCCCUUAAAAUGUACUUAUGGUACAAUGAGACAUGAGGGUGAAAAUUGGUAUUGGAUUAAAAUUUUAACCCUUAAAACGAAGCCUACGUGAUCAUGGCUGCCAUCUGCUGUGUCCAGACCCCCUUUAUAUUUGAACUAAAGGUCUGGCUAGGCAAGACAUCUGUCAGCAAGAUAAUAAAAAUCAUACCCCAAAUGGAAAGCCAACCUUGAGACAUCAUAAAAAAGGGAAGUUCUAUCCAUGCACAGUGUAAUGUGUAGGCAGGAUGGGGAUCUUUUCAGGGUUGAAAUGAUCGGCAGUUUUACAGAAAGUAAAAAUAAAAAAUUAUAU